UGGCGUUGCAUUCUUACAGGUGGUGAAGACGGGACAGGCGAAGUUGUUUACUGUUUUUUACUAUCAAACAAUCUGACGCGGUCACUAUGAUGCUACUGUAAAACUGAAUGGACAAUACUUAGGAAGAGAAAUUACAAAGUAAAAUGUGAAGCCAGUCAUACUUUGGCCUCACAACAAAACAACAAUAGUUCAUAUUUAAAUGAAACAACAGCCUGUUUUUUAGUGUUGCCUGCUAACGUUAGCCGUGUUGUUGUGAGACUAGUUAGCUAGCAGCUAGUUCUGUGAGCAAAAAAACAAAUAACAUUCUGAGCAACAAGUGGAACGAUAAGUGCAUUAUAUGACAUGGAUAUGGACUACUUCAAGGACUUGCUUCAACGGCAUCGGGGAGUGUAACUUCAACAAGUCUGCAGGAGCACUUUUACCCCGCUGCAACGUCGGCUCACACAACAAAAUAUCAACUAUGGUGGAGGUUUUCUAAAGUAAGAUCAAGCUGAAUAACUUCAACUUAGGAUUCAAAUACUUCUAUUUAGAGCUGACCUUUUCUCUGAUAACAUGGGCGGAGUGUGCUUGUGCUUUUUAUGGACUUGCAGACCGGUGUGGCCACUUUUUAUUAUUCUGGCUACAAUACCGUGUGUGUUGUACUGCUCAGAGAGUCCUGCAGCUGUCGUUGGCAAAAUGUAUCCACGGGGCAACCACUGGGCAGUAGGUCAUUUGAUGGGAAAGAAGAGCAUCGAGAGCCUACCUGAACUGCAGGAGACAAACCAUGACAGUGACUACCUCACACCCUUAGAAACAGUUGGGGUCACAGAGCGACUGAUGGAGGCACUGAUGCAACAAAAGAACCAGGAACAGACGACGCCACAGACUGCAGACCGGCUGCUUCGGCUGCAGAGCAGCUGGAGAGAAGAGGACAGAGACAAAUAUCUCAGAGAGAUGUCCAAGCUUCUUCUUCUGGCUUUGAAACUGCAAGACAAUGAAUCCACCUGAAUGCAAGACAGUCAUCAUUAUCAACUAAACGUGCUGUAAUCACAUAUUCACACUGUAUAUUUUUUUCUGCUGUUAAGAGUAUGCUGGAAAGCAAAUAUAAGUUUAUUUUAUCAGUAAUUUAAUAUUUCUAAUAUGCAUCAUGCAGCAGUUUGAUUACAUACUGACAGGAUAAGGUUAUG